AUCAACUUCCACCUCCAUCUCCACCUGCACCUGACCGACCAGCUUCACUUUUUUACCCGUUUCCUCUUCACUUCUCCCAUGUGCUUUGCUUUCCUCUCUUCUCUUCUCUCCACAUCAUAUUUUAAGAAUUAAAAAAAAAUAUCAGUGGGCCUUUUCUCUAUAAAAUAGUCAUUCAGAAUGGGCCUUUCAGAGGUAUGAUUAGCCUUAUGAACAAGAGGCCCCGCUGUAGAUUUACAGAAGUGAAAAAAGCAAAAAAUGUGGGGGGGGGGAGUAGUCAAGAACAUCAACCCUACUUUCACUCGUUGCCAAGACACUGAGGAAUCGCAGAAAUUUCACACGUGUAAAUUUUGUCACGUUUUCUUUUUUAGUGUUUUUUUCUAAGAAUAUAUAACCAAAUUUGCCUUCACUCAAUCACCACUACAAAUUUUAACGUGUUGCAUUUUCAGUUUUCUGUUUAGUGUACAUAUAGAUUCACACUAACUUAUUGUUUUCCAGCCUACAGUUUAACAAAGGAUCAAUUUAUAUAAUUAGUAUCUGUUCUUUGGAUUCACAUAUGAAAAGGAGAAAAUAUGCAACAUCAUUCAGAGAUAACGACGUCAACGGAUCAACCACUUUGCCCGAAGCCACGUCGUGUGUGUCCUUCUCUUCCUGAUUUCCUCAAACCUCUCUCAUGUCCCCUACACUCUUCUAACUGCCAACAAAGUUCAGAGGGAAGAAGCGGCGUUCUCAGCAUAAUUGAUAAGGUGCAGCCGAUAGAAGGUGGAACAGUAGAGUCAAUGUGGUACGCAGGGUCUCCACCUAGGCGAACCGGGAAUCCUCUUGUACACGACCGUCAUUUCAUUCACUGCCUCGAUCUUCUCCCCAGUUUCUCAAGCACUAAGGCUUGAUCUUCACAUCUUCUUGGAGGAUAUAUGCAUUCAUAGCUGCACACAAGAAGAAAAAGAAAAAAAAACUCCUUACAUGCAUCCACAUUUAUUGCCAUAUAUAUCGAUAUAUCUCACCGUAAAGAACAUUAACCUCAUCAAGUAGAGGGUUUGCAUACAGAUAUGCAUCUAUUACUCAAGAAGUUUGGAGUUUGUUCUUUGUAGAAUUGUAUUUUGGAUUGGUAUUCUUGAUCACCAAAAGUCCACACUGAAGUCAGCACAACACUGCUUACAAAACCAGCACCCACUUAUAGUACACGAUGAGCGCAUAGACCAUUAUUUCUUUUUAUUAGGUCUGGAUGUUUUUAAUUUUUAUUAUAGACCAUUAUCUCUUUUUAGUUUGUUAUGCCUUGUAUUGGAGACAUUCCUAUAAUUUUAUAUAAGACUUGUGUUCCCUUUGACUCUACCCGUCCUUGUAAGUUCCAGACUUGCUAUCUUUUUUUGUUAGAACAGUUGAUCGGUUGCUUGUAUAGAGCUUCUUUUCCAAAAUAUAGUUAAAAUUUAAAUAAAUGAGUAUGUUUAUGGAGAUUCAAUUUUCUUUUUAAAUGUUUAUCGCGAUUAGAGAUAAAUCAUUUUUCGACCAAAACGUAAAAACAAAAACAAAAAGAGAUCAAUGAGUUAAUUUAUGAUUGUGAUUACGAUCCAGGCUACCAAUUUUUAACAACGCUUUUUGUGAGCCAAAAUAUUACGAGUGGUUUCGUACUUUCGGUAACAAAAUACAAAACGGGAUUAAAAGUGACUAAUUGUGGGAGCCUUUUAAUUUAAUAAUCAACUAAAUGAUGGAUUAAUGCUUUUAUAACAUGUGUUAUAUCGUGUGUUUAAUUUUCAAAUGAUGCAAUAUAGAUUUAUUGAAUUUUAGCGUUAUGCAAUCAUGCAUAUAGAGCUGAUUAGACUAUAAUGUUAAUAAAUUCUAGUUAUGAAGAUGAAAUUGUUUUGAAUAAUUCUCUCUUGGUUGUUUUUUAAGAAAAUAAUUACAAGUAAAAAUAUUUUAGACGAUAAAAAGAAGAGAAAGUGCGUGAUUUGCGCCGGGUCAAGAUAUAUGCGACACGUGGACAUGACCUUGUCGGGAAGUCAACGGUUUCUACUUACUAUACUUUAUCAUUAUUUGUAUUCCUGUCCUAUUAUCUUUAUAUUAUUACAAAAUCACCCCUAUGUUUCCCUUGUAGAUUUCAACCUUUUCAUCAUUGCCAUUUUGCUAAAUGCGUGCUCAGCCUGCACCUAACUCAUGGAACCAACAAACAUCCCUCCACGUCUCUUUUCACAUAUCCACAAAAUAUAUAUAUACAGCUACACAACACAUAACAAUUCAAUCUAGAUCAUAUACUUGUGAUUUCAUUUAGUUUAUUAAGGUCAUAAUCAGAAAGACUAUGAUUUUAUUUUCUAUGUAUGCUUUUUUUUUUUUUUUUUGGUCAAAUUUUUCUAUGUAUGCUAGAAUAAUUAAACACAGAGUUGAUGUUCUAUAAUUGAAUCAAAUAUACGAAUUUUCGUUGGCAACAUAUUCCUUCAUCAAUGAUUUUACGAACUCGUUGACUAAUACCAAGCACCAGGCAAAACGUUGACCUUUUCCCUCACAUACACACACGAAAGAAUAAACAUGUAGUAAAAGAAACUCAAGUUGCAAGAAGCAACAUCAUCGUUCUUAAUAUAACAGAAGUUAGAUUCAUGGAGGAAGAUAAAGAUAGAAGAAUGGUUCGGAGUAUAGAGAAGUUAAGAUGGAUGUUGCAGUUUGGAUUCUGCGUUAUGAGUUUGGGAUGUGCUUCAGUUUCAGGAUCAUUCUCCUUUCAAAUUCACCAUAGAUUCUCGGACCAGGUCAAGACCGUUCUUGGUAGCCAUGGCUUGCCUGAAAUGGGCACUCUCGAGUACUACGAGACCUUGGUUCACCGUGACCGAGGUCGCCGGCUAACCUCCAACAACAAUCAGACGACUGUUUCUUUCGCUCAAGGCAACUCCACACAAGAAAUCAGUUUUUUGCAUUAUGCGAAUGUGACGGUAGGGACACCGGCUCAAUGGUUCUUGGUGGCUUUAGACACGGGAAGUGAUUUGUUCUGGUUACCUUGCAAUUGCAAGUCCAGUUGCAUACGUAGCAUGGAGACCGACCAAGGCGAGAGGAUAAAGCUCAACAUCUAUGACCCAACCAUAUCAACAUCAAGCUCAAAGGUUCCGUGCAAUAGCACACUUUGUGCAUUAAGAAACAGAUGUGUUUCUCCUCUCAGCGAUUGUCCUUAUCGAAUUCGAUAUCUCUCGCCCGGUAGUAGAAGCACAGGAGUGUUAGUGGAUGAUGUGAUCCACAUGAGGACAGAAGAAGGAGAACCAAGAGAUGCUCGGAUCACAUUUGGAUGUAGUGAGUCCCAAGUAGGGUUGUUCGAAAAAACGGCUGUAAAUGGUAUAAUGGGACUUGCAAUAGCAAACAUAGCGGUUCCAAACAUGUUGGCUAAAGCCGGUGUAGCCUCAAACUCUUUCUCAAUGUGUUUUGGUCUGAAAGGGAAGGGAACAAUCAGUUUCGGAGACAAAGGCAGCUCAGACCAGCUUGAAACUCCAUUGAGUGGCACUCUUUCUCCGCCGUUUUACGAUGUGACCAUCACCGAAUUCAAGGUAGGAAGUGUGACGGUGGAAACAGAAUUCACCGCAAUAUUUGACUCCGGGACUGCCGUUACAUGGCUCAUCGAACCUUACUACACUGCUGUUACCACAAACUACCAUCUUCAAGUAGCAGACAGACGACUUCCGGCAAGAGUGAAGAGUCCCUUUGAGUUCUGCUACAUUAUUACAUCAGCUACUGAUGAAGAGAAGAUUCCUUCAAUUAGCUUUGAGAUGCAAGGAGGAGCUACGUAUAAUGUUUUUAGCCCCGUACUUGUCUUCGACACCUCCGAUGGCGGACAAGUCUAUUGCUUGGCCGUCUUAAAGGAAGUUACUGCCGGCUUCAAUAUUAUCGGACAAAACUUCAUGACAAACUACAGAAUCGUCCACGAUCGUGAGAGAAUGAUUCUGGGAUGGAAAGAAUCCGACUGUAACGAUAAGAAUGGUUUUACUGGACCUACUGCCUCAGCAAACCCGCCGUCGCUGCCGCCAACGCCGUCUCCAAGAGCCAGAAGCCCUUCGACGCGUUUGAACCCGCUCGCUGCUUCUUCACUCCUCAUCCUUUGCUUCUUUUCUUUUAUAUGUUUGUGAAUAUCAGUUACAUGUACAUCUUACUUUCGGUUUCUAUGAUUGGAGUUUCACAUAUUGUUUAAUCCACCCCCAGAAUCCUCCACUUCUCAUCUUCUGACCCUCUUAUUCUUCCCUAAUAUAUUUCAUCCAAGUGGAAUAUUGGUAAAUAAACUAAUUAUUUAAAAUAGUCAGAUUUAUAUGAGAGCAUGUCCAUUCCUCAUCCAAAUUAUAAAAUAUCCAAAAGCAUAGGACUGACUUUAUUUAAAAAAGUUGAACAUAAAAAUCGAUGGAUUAAAUAUGUAAUAUAGGCAACAUUUUCAAACAGAAGAAUGAUUCAACUUAUCCAGAGCUGCGACUCAUAACUCAUAAUGGCCUUUUUUUGUCUGCUGGUGAGCUUAGUUUCUAAUUAGUUUGUUGGAUAUGUCUAAUUAAGUAUGACGAUAAAAUCUGGAACAAUCCACCACAACUUCCUUUUUUUUUAAUCAGGUAUAUACUAUUGAUAUCCUAAUGCGACGUGAGUGACGCACUUUGUUAAAAGAUCAACUACAAGUGUGCAUUCUAAUUAAUAUAUACUAGAUAGUAAUCCGUGCCUUGCGCGGGAUGAGAUGAUUAAAUUUAGACUUUGUGAGAUUAAGAAACAUUAAAUCUGAUUAAUUUGGAUAUUAGUUUGUUUUGGAUUGAUAGUUUCGGGUGUUAAUGAGGAGGAUAUAGAUUGGCCAUUUUAUGUAGUAAUUAUAUAAAAACUACAAAGAAGUCAGUAAGAAUCAGAAAACUAUUUUAAAUCAAAAACUUCAAUUCCAUUAUAAUAAGUAUGCAUAUCUCAUUCUUUCAAAUACAAAGAAUGGUCUAAAUAUAAAUAGGUAUUGUAAAAUAAAUUCAAAUGAAAAAUAAGAUUGAAUAACUUCAAGACUUCAGAAAUCGAUGCUUGGAAUCCUACAAUUAAAAAUUUCAAAAUAUUAGGAAUAACCAAUGGAUAUAUUUAUAUAUAUUACUCAUAUAAAAUAACAAAUUAGAAUGCUAUGCUUACUGAGAUUUGAAGAACUGAAUCUCUGGAAUGUCAGAAUCAAACAAAAUAUCAGAACCACCUUCCAUGUUUGUAACAUAAUUGAAACCACCUAUAAAGUAAUAUCGACAAUAAGAACACAAACCAAAAUAUUCUGAAUAUAAAAUUAAAGAUUGCAAAUAAAUAUACUAUACCGUCUCCCCACUCAAUUCGCCAUAACCUUAAAACAGUUACAACAACAUCUGCAGUAUUAGCACACCAUAAUGCAUUUAAAUGAUGGGCUAGAGCUCCAUAAGCAACACACUGUAUAUGAGUGUACCUGAUAAUAUCGGGAAAGUUAUUAGUCAAUAUUACUUCUACAGCCAUGGUCGUAUUUUAAAUUAACAGAUGUAUCAAAUGAAAAGUACAAACCCGAGAUUUAUUAAGGAGAACUCCAACGAAUACAGAAUUGAUUUAUAAAUGUUGGCAGGUUGAGCUAGCUUAGUAGCUAUAAGAUCUCCUACACGCACUAAUGCUCCACAAAGAUCUACAUAACAGUAUUUUUUAACAUAUGAGCAUUGCGCGGUUGAGCUAGCUUAGUAGACAUGAUUUAUUUUUUUUAACAGACUUUUACACUGAAGAGUGUGCAAAAUGCCUCAUUAUAAAUCGAUCAAUUAAAUAUAGUAGUAUAAGUAUAUGUAAACUAUAUGAUAUAAUUAAUAAUAUAAACAUGAUUUAUUUUAUUGAUGUAAUCCUCAUAUUUAAAUGUUGAUUUUAGUAAUUUAAUAUUUUAUUUUACGUUAAAAUUUAUUUUUUUAUCUUUUUAUUAAAUUAAAAAAACAUAUUUUUUACUUUUUUGACAAAUAUGUAUUCUAAUAUUUAGUUAUUUAAUACUAUUAUCGAUUACUAAUAUUUUUUUAUUUUUAUUCCAUAAAGCUAUUACUAUUAUUAACUUAAUAUGUUUAAUGAUUAUUUAAAUAGUAAAAGAAAAAAUAAUAAUCUAUUUUAAAACAAAAAUAUCUUCGUGUUAUAUUAGAUUGAAAGCCGAUAUCUAAUCAUAUAAAAUAAAAUUCACAAAAUAUUUUAAAAGAUAAAUAUAUUUAUGGUUUUUGGUAUAAAACCGAAUAAACCGAAAAUCGACAUAACUAAUCAAAACUGAACCGAACCAAAAUAGAGAAAGUUGUUUGGAUUUGGUAGUACCGAAUAUACCGAAUAAAUUUCAUUUUAAAAAAUCCGUGGUAUAUAGAUAUGGUUUGGUAUAUAAACCGAUUAAACCGAAUAAAUUGAUCAAUUAAAAUAUAGUAGUAUAAGUAUAUGUAAAUUAUAUGAUAUAAUUAAUAAUAUAUACAUGAUUUAACUAACGCACUAACUUGGGUUAGUUAGAUUUAACUAAUAAUCAAAAUUGACAUUUAACAUAAAUCAAAACAUUACCAAAAAUUCGUUUCGUUAUUAAUUGAUGUGACAAAACGAACACAAUCUAUAUAGUCUUACGCCAUAUCUAUAUAGUCUUAUGCCAUAGAGUUUUAUAUGUCGCUUUUCAUUUUUGUAGGGGACAUAUCUGCAUGUGAAGUCCAUUGCAUGUACAUUAGGAUACUUUGAUUCUCAAGCUCGUAAGUGUAUCUUACCAAGAAUAUAGAAAUCGUAUGUACUAUCUACGUAUUUUGCAUGUACCUAAUAAUCAUAUCCUUUGUUUUGAGGAGGAUCUCAAUCACACCACAUAUGCAUAUGCGUUCGACUAAUAAUUUCCGAAACCGCAUUGAUCUUAACAAACC